AUUUCUUCAGCUACUCUACAUUUUACUUCAGAAACCCAUUGAUUUUCUUAACAUCAAUCCGCUUCUUAUGCACAAUCUUCCUUCGUCUGAUCAACCCACCACAUAUCAAUUGAAAUCCCCCCGGAUCUAGUAAUCGCCCAAGUCUGUAAUGAGAAAAGCUAAAUUAAGAUUCACCUACAACAGGAGAUGGUCAAUACCCGUACUUUCUCUUUCUCUUUGCAUUCUCAUACUCAUUUCCGUUCUGAUUCUCAAAAACCCCAAAGGGAACUCAUCAUCUCCAUCCCAACUCUCAGAAUCAAGAGUCUUGGGCUCUGAUGUGUUACCGGAAUCGGGAUUGCUCCCGGAGCUUCCCCGGCUGGCUUACUUGAUUUCGGGGUCGAAAGGAGACGUAGGGCGGGUGAAGCGGUUGCUUGGCGGCUUGUACCAUCCUAGGAAUUACUAUUUGCUUCAUCUUGAUUUGGAGGCUUCGGAUGGGGAGAGGAUGGAGCUGGCUAGGUUCGCAAAAUCAGAUGUUGUGACGAGGGAGUUUAAGAAUGUGAUGGUUGUUGGGAAGGCGGAUUUAGUCACCUACAGAGGUCCUACGAUGAUGGCUGCGACCCUCCACGCAGUUGCUAUUCUCUUGAAGAAAGCUAAGAAUUGGGACUGGUUUAUCAAUCUCAGUGCUUCGGAUUACCCACUCAUGCCUCAAGAUGAUAUCCUGCACAUUUUCUCGUAUUUGCCAAGGGAUCUGAAUUUUCUCGAGCACUCAACCAAUCUUGGCUGGAAAGAGUUUCAGAGGGCUAGGCCUAUAAUCCUAGACCCUGGCAUAUAUCAUGCAAAGAAAUCUGGGGUAUUUUGGGCGAAGGAGAAACGAUCAAUGCCUGCUGCUUUCAAACUGUUCAUGGGAUCUGAAUGGGUGAUUCUCACAAGGUCAUUCCUAGAAUUCUGCAUUUGGGGAUGGGACAAUCUCCCACGGACUCUUCUUAUGUACUAUACCAAUUUCCUAUCCUCUCCAGAGGGCUACUUCCAUACUGUUGUCUGCAAUAACAAGGACUAUCAGAAUACAACAGUGAACCAUAACUUACAUUACAUAAAAUGGGAUAAUCCCCCGAAGCAGAGCCCAAUGAAUUUAACAAUGGAACAUUUUGAGGACAUGGUCCAGAGUGGCAUACCAUUUGCUCGUACUUUUGCCGUCGAUGAUCCAGUUCUUGAUAAGAUCGAUAAGGAAAUCUUGAGAGGAUCUAAACGUCUAUUUUCUCCUGAUGGUUGGUGUUCGGGUGCUGGCAAAGAUCUAUGCCUGGUACAAGGCAUUUCUGAUGCAGUUAAACCCUCUGCUGGGUCAAGAAGGUUAGAAAAACUUGUACUGAGGCUCCUUGAUUCUGAAAAUUUCAGGCUUAGUCAAUGUAAAUAACUUUCUAACUGCUUCUUAUGUUGAAAAUUUAUGUUUCUAUUGAUUUUUGCAUCCUUCUAACGGCUAUACUUUUAUACUUUUAAGUGUUUGGCACUCAGUCUUUAAGCGUGCUUUAUGUCAAAAAAGAGAUUUUUGUAAGUGAAAUGAGCUAUUAAAGGUAUUUGAGAAAA